GCAUGGCGCAAGAUAACACCAACAAGAGAAAGAGACCAAAUAUACUGAUAACGGGAACUCCCGACAAUGAACCACUCAAGAUGUUCCACAAAUUCUGUAUGACAGAUUAAGCAUAGACAAAUCAAAUAUUUAUUUGAUCAUGAUGAUUCAAUGGCUCUACAAUAAAUUAGUUUGUAAAUUUCUGUAGGGGAUACUCAAAAACAAGAUUACAAACAAUAUUGAAUGUGAAGUUUCCAAAUUUUACGGGAAUAACCAGAGAAGAGACUGCAAUGAGUAUUAGAGGUAGCAGUAAAAACAGCUACAUAAAAAUGUUGUUCAGGGAGAUAGGCAAUAAAUUGAAGAAAGCAGCACGAAACCGAGAACAAGGAUGGUACACUUCUCACAUGGCAGCUGCCUCUAGGGCCAUUGCCGAACGGAUCCCAUUGGUUGAUUUUGUUAUUGAAGUGAGGGAUGCCAGACUUCCUUUGUCUUCGGAGUGUCAGCUUCUGAUUAACUACUCGGAUUCUUCCCGACGAAUUGUAGUUAUGAACAAAAUGGACCUUGCUAAUCGCUCCCAGCUCAAGGAAUGGAUUUCAUAUUUUGAGGAACGAAAUUGUGUUUCUUAUGCGCUCAAUUCUCAUAAUACGGAUAAUGUCAAACAGUUCCUCAACUUCUUACAAGCACAAAUCAGAAGAUUGAAGAGCAUUGAGUCUGGUAGUACAAUAACAAUGAUGUUGAUUGGGAUUCCUAAUGUUGGUAAGUCGGCCAUCGCCAAGUCGUUGCACCAUAUCGGUAGGAUUAGUGCGUUAGAGAAAGGAAAGUUGAAGCAUGUAAAAGUGAGUCCACAUCCUGGAGAAACAAAAGAUAUCAGCAGCUUUAAGAUCGGUAGCCAUCCCAAUAUUUAUGUGCUGGACACUCCAGGUAUUUUCCCGCCUCAGAUUCUUGAUGCUGAAAUCUACUUCAAGCUAGCCUUAACAGGAGCAAUCCAAGCUGGUUUGAUCGGGUACAGGGAACUUGCUCAAUACUUUCUGGCUGUUCUCAAUCUAAGCGACGAAUAUAAGAAAUGGACGAUGUCGCCUACCCAUGAAAAAGGUAAAUCAAUUACAGACAACGGUGCAGAAAGUUCAAGGGAUGAGCAUCAGGGGGUGGAAGAGAAAAAGCAACACCUCACAGAUCAUACACAGGAUUUCAUAGUGCAUGAUGUCCGGCGGAAGCUUUUUGAAACUAUUUCAUCUUUUGAUGGUGAUAUGCAAAAUCAAGCGGAUUUGGAGAAGCUCAUCGAAUUGCAGUUUGCAGCCUUGACAGAAUCUUUUCACUUGCCCACGGAACUAGGCGACGAUGUUCAUUAUAAGAUUGCUACCAAGUUACUUAAUCUGUAUCGAACUGGGAGGCUUGGACAUUACAGUUUAGACCCUUUGACAUUACGACAAUAAUGAACGGGCAGAUUUUUCAUUUACCGGUGAAUUUCUCGGUUUGACCAAUGAUGAGAUUCUUGGCUAGAAGAAAGUUUCUGUGAUAUGGACGCACACACAACCCAACUCAGUCGGUUGGUGUCUUGGUGAUGAGAUUCUUGAUCAAUUUGAUUGAAUUUUGGAAACUCUUUCACUAUAUUCAGAACUGUAGAGGCGGUAGAGUUAUAAGCUUCAGAAAAAUCAAAGAAAAGAAAUGGCCAACAAAAACUAAUUUCAUGUAUUUUUGUUGGGGGUAUUGGUUAUGAAGGUAGAAUUCUGCUGAAGAUAAAUUACCAUAUGUAGCUGUAAUUAAACCUGCUUCAUUGUUGCCCAUAAAAUAUUUAUGAUUCUUAACAAAUUUCUGUAAGUUGCUAAAAUCUUGGAUAGUUUUUUCAAUAAGUUAGUCAGCUUAAGUAGUUUCUUAAUUAAA